AUGAAGAACAACUUAAAUUAUAAAUGCAAUAAUUUGAUAUCAGAUCCUGUAAAUAUUUUUGCAACAAUAAUUCCAUUAUUCCUUAAAAUCAUUAAACAGCAACUAUCAAUUAAGAUUAAAUUUAAUAAUCAAUAUUAUGAAAACCUAUAAUAUCAGGUGAUCCAUCCAAUUAUAAACUUUUUAAGAUUUCAUCAACAGUCAUUUUUUAGUGAUCUCUCAUUAUAUCUAUGUAACCUAAUCUAAUCGAACCAUCCCAAGAUACUAUUCAACAAUUCUCAGAUGGAAGGAAAUUCUUUUUUGUCAAUUUCUUAACCAAAAUUUAUGACCAACUACAUGGAGCUUCACAUAAAUCUAUUUAUCUUUCAAUCUAUCUAAAGAAUUAUCUAUUUAUACUGAUCUCAAUUUAAAUUAAAC